CAACGGAAAAGAAACCCAGAAAAUGCUUCAUCUCUGGACUUUUCUCUUCCUUUCCUUUCUUUACUCCUCAUCCUUCACCGUUAUUUUCGGCGGUGUCGGUGAUUCCUCGGUGUCGGAAAAUCCAUUCACUCCAAAAGCCUCGUUGAUUCGUUACUGGAACAAAGAGAUCCGCAAAGAAAUCUCCAAAACCCAUUUCGUACUAGCCAAAGUAUCCCCAUUAACUGCAGUCGACUCGGCCGGUUUUUCCAAACUCGCUGCCCAAAACGACCUCGGUUCCCGUCUCCCUUCCUUUUGUUCCUCCGCUAAACUCUUUUGCUUCCCCGAUUUAUCGCCGAGUCUCGAGAAACACCCCAAAGACGUAAAUUUCGCUGUCUACGCCAAUAGGAACUUUACUAAUUAUGGCACGGAUCAACUCGCCGGAGUCGACUCUUUCAAGAACUACUCAGAAGGCGACAACGUCAUCGCCGACUCCUUUCGCCGGUACAGCCGAGAUUCCGCAGGUCACGAGGACAAAUUCUCCAAUUACGCCAGCGAAUCCAACGUCGUCGAUCAGAGUUUCAACACCUACGGCGCCUCGGCUACAGGCGGUUCCGGAAACUUCAACAACUACAAUCGUGAAGUGAACAACCCCAAUCUUCGAUUUACUUCAUAUUCCGAUGACUCCAAUGGUCGUGGGCAGACAUUCACGCGCUACACGGAGAAUGCCAACGCCGGGAACGGGCAGUCAUUUUCGAGCUACGGUAAAAACGGAAACGGCGUUCCUAACGACUUUAGUAGUUAUGGUAAAGGAGCCAAUGUGGUUGGUUCAGGUUUUUCUGGUUACGGAGAGUCGGCCAACGGGGCUAAUGACACUUUCACUUCAUACGGAUUCGAUUCUAAUGUUCCCCAGAAUAAUUUCAAGAAUUAUGGAGACGGAGGCAAUGCGGCGGUUGACAGUUUCUCGAGUUACCGUGACCAAUCCAAUGUGGGUGACGAUUCUUUCCAAUCUUAUGCAAAAAACUCUAAUGGGGCGAAAGUUGAUUUUAACAACUACGGCCAAUCUUUUAACGAAGGAACGGAUAAAUUCACCGGUUAUGGCCAAGGGGCCUCCGGUCAGUCCAUUGGGUUCAAGAUCUAUGGAAGAAACACUACUUUUAAGGAUUAUACUAAAAAGGGUGUCACUUUCAGUAGAUACAACAAUGGGAGCUCCACUGAAACUGCUCAACUUCUGACCAGCGGCAGUGUUGUGAAUAAAUGGGUGGAACCGGGCAAAUUCUUCCGGGAAAAGAUGUUGAAGGUAGGAACCGUGAUGCCAAUGCCGGACAUUAGGGAUAAAAUGCCUGAAAGGUCGUUUUUGCCCCGGACAAUUGCAUCUAAAUUACCGUUUUCGUCCUCCAAGCUCGGUGAACUUAAACGGAUAUUCCACGCGGCAGAUAACUCGUCGCUGGAAACCAUAAUGCUGGAUGCUUUAAAAGAGUGCGAGCGUGCACCGAGCGCUGGCGAGACCAAGCGCUGCGUCGGCUCGGUCGAGGACAUGAUCGAUUUCGCCACCUCGGUUCUGGGGCGAAAUGUGGAGGUUCGCACGACGGAAAACGUUAACGGGUCAAAACAAAAUAUAAGGAUUGGAACGGUUAGAGGAAUCAACGGUGGGAAAGUGACGAAAUCUGUUUCAUGUCACCAGAGUUUGUACCCGUAUUUACUUUACUAUUGCCACUCGGUUCCACAGGUCCGGGUUUAUGAAGCGGAUAUUCUGGAUCCGAAUUCGAGGCAGAAGAUUAAUCAUGGUGUUGCCAUCUGCCAUUUGGACACAUCUGCUUGGAGUUCAGGUCAUGGAGCUUUCCUGGCUUUGGGUUCGGGUCCAGGUCGGAUCGAGGUUUGCCACUGGAUUUUCCAGAAUGAUAUGACUUGGACGAUAGCUGAUUCCUGAUUAGAAAAGUUUGGGGUUUUCUAAUUUAAGCCUU